AUUGCUCAACAUUGGGGGAUGCCCCAAUCCGCAGUUCGUGCAACGUGAGUGCUGCCGCUGUAACGUGGGGCAUCAUCAUCAUCAUCAUCAUCAUCAUGCACGUGGGCUACAGAAUACGCCGCAUGCCCCUCGUGCGUCACGCCCUCCUCGCCAUCCUGCAGUUGCUCCAGAAAUCGCUGCGUCCCAUGCGAGAUACGGAAAUCCUAGCGGCAUUAUCCGUUCAAUAUCAACGCUCCGAUCCGGAAUUUUUGCGGCAGCUGCGCGUCAAUCUGCUGGAUGCGGUCGAUUAUGGCAUUCUGAAGCGUCAGUCGAAUGUUUUCUCACUGCGCUCCAAGAGAUUCGGCGAGAUCAUGAGGAAUCUGGUGCCCCAAGGUGGCAGUCAAAAAUAACAUGAAUUUUACACAAAAAUGCACAAAAUUCAACAAAUACACACUGUAAUUGUAUUCAUUUGUUGUUGUCUGACUUUGUAUGUGGAGGAAAGUCAAUAACUUCGAUUACAAUUUAUCGAUAAAUAUCGAUUGUG